GGAGAGCCGCAACAAGAGGUAAGAAAGGCAUUAGAAACCCUCAGUUCAACUUAGACCGGUUUUUUCAGAGGUUUUGAUUAACUCUGAUUUUAUUGCUACUCCUUAAUUUCAGCUUCUCAGAAACUGUGAUUAACAGUAUCCAAAACAAUAACACUGAGCCUGAAUAGAAGAUAAAACGUUCUUCAAACAAAUAACACACCAUCCUUGGUUUAAAGAAGGUCCAGUUGAAGAAGCCGGAAUGUUCGUCCUUAGUUUAAUAGAGCAUACCUUGCGUUUACCUCCUAAUCUCCUUAGCCUUCCUCUUCCUGAAGCUAUACGGGGUGAGCUAGAGAAACUAUUUGUGGAUAAGGUUAUCGCACAGUUGGGUUUAUGCAUCUCCGUCUAUGACAUUAAAUCCAUUAAGGGCGGCUUCAUAUUUGCAGGAGAUGGUGCUUCGACCUAUACGGUUGAUUUUAGGCUAAUCAUGUUCCGUCCUUUUGAGGGUGAGAUUCUUUCUGGAAAGGUUGACGCAUCAGAUGCUAAUGGUUUACGAUUGUCUGUAGGGUUUUUUAAAGACAUAUCCAUACCCAUCCAUCUUUUGCCUAACCCAUCCAAGUUUAGUGAAGAUGGAAGAUGGACAUGGAUGUAUGGCGAUGUAGAAUUAACUAUAGAGCAGGACGACGAGAUUCGUUUCCGAGUUCAUAAAAUUUCAUAUCCUCCCAUCCCGCUUGAACAAGAAAAAGAUUCGAAGGCAUUUGCCCCAAUGGUGAUUACUGCAUCAAUCGAUUUUGAUGGUCUGGGUCCAAUUUCAUGGUGGGUAUAGUCGACAGCGAAAGUAGAGCCGUGGAAGAACUUAACAGAUAUGGGCACAGAAGGUAAAGAUAAACUGAUGGGUAUUUUGUUUCAGCCAUUCCCAGGUUAUCUGAACAUGUAGCAGCAAUGACUAGUAGAUAUAUAAUGAGUAUCCCGCCCUAGUUAAAAAUUGUGUUCAUUAAUUCCUUAAUUACCUGAGAGUAAAUGAAAUCGAAUUACAUUUGAAUAUAAAUUUGACUUGAGGCUUCUUUUCUCUGUGUUAUAAGGUGUUGCAUUUGUAUAUCA